AUGCUUGUUGGAAUCAAAAUACAGGAAAAAGGUCUUGAACAGGUUACGAUUACAGUUGGUUAUGAUGAUCUUGGUGGAAGUAAUGUCAUUACUGGUGAGAACAAGAAGAGUAUGGAGAGCUCUUGGAUCCUGGAGAAUUUGAAGAAGAAAGGGAUUGAUGAAGAGAUAGAUAAAGAAAUACUUGUUAUUGCUAAAAAGGGAAAAGAUGGUAGCAAAGAUUUGAUGUUAAAGUUGUUGCCAAAUAAGUUUCCUGGGGCAAAUGGAAGUGGAAGUGAAGUUACUUAUGGUGAGCUUUAA